AAAAAGUGGUCAGCGGUGUUUCGUCCAAGGCAAAUGGUAUCCUGCCAACUCGAGUUUUGUCACAUCAGAUUGUAAAAUGCAAUGCUAUUGUAUGAGUAAUGGUGCUACAAGCUGUAUGGACUUAUGUAGUCCACUACCUCAAGGCAAAUGUCCUGUAGGUAUGGCAAUACGCCAUGACAAAGAGCCCGCUGGUCCAAGAGGAAGUAAAUGUUCCUGUCUUAGAAGCUACUGUGCGCCAGAGUACUGCUAUACAAAAACGUUUGAAAAAUAUAAAAUUGGAGAAUCUUUCAAGCGAGGGAACUGUUCAGACAUAUGUACUUGUACCACCGAGGGAAGGUUUAAGUGUAGUCCUGUAUGUCCCAAGAUACAAUGCCCGCCUGGGUUUAAGCGAAAAAACAGUAAAAAGAAAAUCAAGCAAUUAGCUGAUGGCUGCGCAUGCCCAAAGCAAAGAUGCAUUCCAAAAAGACGACGAGCUUGUAAAUACAACGGUCGAAUAUACACAACAAAGCGUUACUUCGAAACCAAGAACUGUCAAUCAAAAUGUCGUUGUAAACGAACUGGUUUAAUUAAGUGCGGACCGCUGUGUCCAGCCCUCAUAGCUCCAAAAUGUAAUGCAAACGAAAAAGUCAUGAAGAUACAUGUACCACCAUUAGACAUUACAAAAGGAAGAUGUCAAUGCAUAAAAUAUGUUUGCGCACCGCUGACAGCUGCACGAAAUAAAUCGAGAUUACCAAAGAUAAAAAAAAAUCGACAAUGUCGCAUUGGAAAUAAGACGUUAUCCCCAGGCCAGGUGUCCAUCAUUGAAGACUGCACUGAUCGAUGUCGCUGUACAACAUUCGGGCAUUUAGUAUGCGUGCCAUUGUGUAAUAGUCUUCCUGUCAUGUGUUCAUCAGAUGAAGAUCGAUUAUUGGUCAAAAGACCUGUGCGUGGAAGUCAGUGUUCGUGUACAAGCGUGACUUGUAGACCUAAAAAAACCUUAGAUACGCAACAAAAAGAAUGUAAUGUCGAUGGUCACGUGUUCAGUCAAGAUAUUGAAUACAUCGAUAACAAUUGUACCAAGAGAUGUUUAUGCAGYAAGAAUGGACAAGCUGUGUGUCGAUCAKUGUGUCCUGCUGUCAACAGUCCCGCUUAUUGCCAUAGUAACAGCUACCCACAAUACAACAAAGUACGAGUCAAGAAUGCGCCGUGGUGUUCGUGUGUAGUCAAAACAUGCGCAGUCUAUCAUGAUAACCGAUCAGUGAACGAACAAUAGCCAACAAUAAUACAGUGCAAAACUAUAACAAGAAAAUGUAUGACAGUCCACUCAUAUAACAUCACGAGUAUCGCUUAUACUAUGUUGGGAGUCGARUGAAGUUCUUCACUCAAAUGGCGGAUUUGAAGUUUAUUCGGCCAAGGCAGAACUACAUGGAAAACUAAAUGGAUAGAAGUGUGUUUUUUUAAUAUCUAUAUUUCUAAGUUUUAGCAUCUACCAUAGUCUACGAAGAGAGGUACAAAACCCGUGAAAUGAAUGUUAAUUUCAAGGUUCUACUUUAUAUGCGAACCAUGUAGAUGGAAAAUGAAAUAUUAGGAUAUUUAAUCAUUCUAUUUCACGUGUUUAAGACUUCACCCAUAAGACUAAGAUUGCUCUCAUUAGAUUUAGUGCACAGUUUAGGUAACAUGAAAGAUCGCGUCACAACAGUCAAUUGAUCUCGAAAACAACAUCAAAGGUCUAUUCACUCAACAUUUUAGUCAGUUAUCACCAUCUAUAAUAUAAUACCAGGAAGUCAGAGGUUUCUAAAAACAUCUCUGACACCAAAAAGACAUUAGAUCGAGCUAAGCAACUGUAGCCUGUUUAAUAUAUGCAAAGAAGGUUCUGAAUACAGAACUACUUUAUAUUUAUAAACAUCAAUUAUAACAACUCCACACUAUAGUCCUACACCAAACACUUUUGCCUGGAACUUACUAACAAGACUCGAACAAAGAAUGGGAUUUUUUGUACUAUACCAUAGAACACAAAAAAAACGUUUUCGUACCGUAUUUGAUACUAUGGAAUAAAAUGCAAAAACGGCACAAAAACGCAUGGGAAUAGAAAACGAUAUUUCCCAAGUUCCAUUGCAGUCUGAGUUUACUGUUCUUUCUUGUUUCAGCCCCUUUGAGCKGGUCUCUAGCGACGCWGCAACAUCAACGGGAAAGCAGUUUCUUCGUGAUCCUAAUGAGUUUAAAACAUUAUAAUUCUAUAUAGUUAUGUGGCACCAUAGUGAGAAUUCUUUAGAAAUGACCCCCUCGAUGAUGACCAAUCCUCCCUGUAUCAACCAUAUAUUUAUUAACGCAUUUUGAAGUCAUCACGAUAUGUUUGAUCGUUUCCUCACGUGGUUAUAUGGGUCGAUAUGCCGUUACGCCUCUGUGUCAAUUAACCAGUCUUCACAGAGCAUCCUCGUAAAUACAGGUCAUUAUUGUCCUGGCUGUUCCUACUGUUAUAAAUAUGGUAAUUGUUCAAAUAAAUUAUUAUACAUCGUUA